AUGUGAUAAACUGUUAAGAGCGUGUAUUUCAUGCACCAGCUGGGCUUCUGAUGUCAAACAGUUUGAUAAUCUGUAUGAUUUAUAAUGUCUGAUUGGGAAGACGACUAUGAUGCGGAUGGUGGCGUGAAAGUAAAAUCUGCACCGACAGUUCAACAAUCUGAAUGGCGACCCCAGUCCUCCAAAGGGAAAGAAAAUGUAUGUUUUGAGGUAAAGCGUGGUCAGCCUGCAGCGCUCGGAAGGAGCGACCAAGAUGGCCCACCGUGGAGAAACUGGAGAGACAAGGCUGACACGUGUGGUCGCGACUUUAGGAAUGGUGACCGUGAUGCUGGCAGGAAAGGUCGUGGUCAGACUGUUGGGACUGGUUCGGGUUCACCUUUGUCCUUCGCCGUGGACAAUUCGAUGAUUGGACGAGUAAUUGGUCGAGGUGGAAGUAAAAUUCGUGAACUUGAGGAGUCAAGUGGUGCAAGAAUAAAGGUCAACCGUGGGGAAUUUGAGGGCGAAGUUGUCAUCUUUGGUUACAGCGAUGUUCAGCAGAAAGCCAAGGAGAUGAUUGAUGACUUGGUUUCAGACAGUGGCCCAAGGUUUAGCGAUGGGCCAAGGGCACCUGCCCCUGCUGGCAGAAAAGGCUCCUGCUGGUCCUCAGCUGAACUGCAGUCGUCUGCACCUCAGUCCGAAGAGCAUAGGGAACGCAUUGACUGGCUAGCCUUCAGGGAGAACAAGGACAAGUACGCUGCCCUGAAGUGGCAAGACCUUCCUCCUUUGAAGAAGGACUUCUACAUAGAGGAUCCGACCGUCUCAGCUCGCACAGCAGAAGAAGUUGAUGCCUGGAGGAAAGAAAACAACAAUAUUUUUGUGGAUGAUAUUAAGGAGGAGGAGAAAAGGCCUAUCCCGAACCCAGUGCGCACAUUUGAGGAGGCCUUUCUGCAUUAUCCUGGGAUUAUGGAGAAUAUCGUUCGGGUGGGGUUCUCCAAGCCAACUCCUAUACAGUCCCAGGGCUGGCCCAUAGUCCUGAAAGGUUUGGACUUGAUAGGAAUAGCCCAGACUGGCACAGGGAAGACUCUGGCCUACCUCCUGCCAGGGUUCAUUCACAUGGACGAGCAGCCACUGCGAAGGGACAGACUUGAAGGGCCUGGUAUGUUGGUGCUGACCCCAACUCGAGAGCUGGCCCUUCAGAUUGAGACUGAGUGUAACAAAUACAGCUACAAAGGCUUCAAGAGUAUCUGUAUCUAUGGCGGUGGAGACCGCAGGGCCCAGAUCAGCAUGGUUCGCAGCGGCGUGGACAUAGUCAUCGCCACCCCGGGCCGGCUUAACGACCUGCAGAUGAACGACCUGAUCAACCUGCGCUCCGUCACCUACCUCGUUUUAGAUGAGGCCGAUCGGAUGUUGGACAUGGGUUUCGAGCCUCAGAUCAUGAAAAUCAUUUUGGACAUUCGACCUGACCGUCAGACGCUCAUGACCAGUGCCACCUGGCCACCAGGCGUGAGGCGUCUGUCCAAAUCCUACCUGAAGGACCCCAUGAUGGUGUAUGUGGGCACUCUAGACUUGGCGGCAGUGAACACAGUCACGCAAACAGUGUUGUUUGUUCAGGAGGAAGAGAAGAAAGCGUAUGUGUUCGACUUCAUCAGCAACAUGGAGCCUGAGGACAAAGCUCUGAUCUUCGUGGGCAGAAAGGCCUAUGUGGAUGACCUUUCCAGUGACCUCUCCCUAAGGGGCAUCGCUGUCCAGUCCCUCCACGGUGACCGGGAGCAGUGUGACCGAGAGGAGGCCCUGCAGGACUUCCGAGAUGGUAAUGUGCGUAUACUGGUGGCCACUGACCUGGCAUCCAGGGGAUUGGAUGUCAGUGAUAUCACACACGUCUUCAACUUCGACUUUCCACGGAACAUUGAAGAGUAUGUCCAUCGUGUGGGACGCACAGGACGAGCAGGGCGCUCAGGAGUGUCUGUAACGCUGGUGACGAGAGAUGACUGGAGUAAGGCGGCAGAGCUGAUCAACAUUCUUGAAAGAGCUGGUCAGGAGGUUCCGGAGGAGUUGGUCCUAAUGGCAGAACGGUUCGAGAAACGACAGAGAGAGAGGGCCAUGAUGCCCUCAGGAGAUGGGAGAGGAGGCGGGAGAGGAGGUGAUGGGAGACGAGGACGAGGAGGAGGGCGAAGGGAUAAAGAAUGGAUUUAGAGAUUCCAACUGGGGAUUCUGAUCCGCAGGUGCCAUACAAACAGCAUCACGUGUUUGAGUGGUUUUCGCUUACAUCCAUUAAUUCCUAUAAUGCAAACCAUGGUGUAUUAAAUUGUCUUGUUAUUAGGUUAAAUUGGGAUUGUUCUAGGUUGCCUAACUGUAUAUGCCUUUAGGGUGGAUAGACUUUAGAAGCAUGAAUCUAGUGUAUAUAAUCUAAUACACUAGAGCCGCCACAGGAUCAGGAGGCCUCCUGAAAAGUGUUUCUAGGUGUCCAGCGUUCCAAGUGUUUGUUUGCUAUAAACAAUAAACGAUUGCUUUACUCGGUUCUAGUUCAUUGGAAAUUUCAUUUAAAUAAUUUUGAGUUGCCUUGUUGAAAUAAAAUUGCCACAGUUGCAUCUUUAAAUAAUAAA